GACAAACAGGUAUAUAUACUACAUUUGACUUCCGCGCAACAAGAACAGAAGACAAAAGCGACGAAAAUAUUACGAUUGAAAAGUAUUUGUAUAUUAUAACAUUUUUAACAAAGCAUCAUGCAGAUCUUUGUGAAGACCCUGACUGGCAAGACCAUCACACUUGAGGUUGAGGCCUCUGACUCUAUCGAGAAUGUGAAGGCCAAGAUCCAAGACAAGGAAGGAAUUCCCCCAGACCAGCAGAGGCUGAUCUUUGCUGGCAAGCAGCUUGAAGAUGGCCGCACUCUGUCGGACUACAACAUCCAGAAAGAGUCUACACUCCAUCUUGUGCUCCGUCUCCGAGGAGGUAUGCAGAUCUUCGUAAAGACCCUGACUGGCAAAACCAUCACGCUUGAGGUUGAGGCCUCCGACUCCAUCGAGAACGUGAAGGCCAAGAUCCAGGACAAGGAAGGAAUUCCCCCAGACCAGCAGAGGCUGAUUUUUGCAGGAAAGCAGCUGGAAGAUGGCCGCACUCUGUCAGACUACAACAUCCAGAAAGAGUCGACACUCCAUCUUGUGCUCCGUCUCCGAGGAGGAAUGCAAAUCUUUGUGAAGACAUUGACUGGAAAGACAAUCACACUUGAAGUUGAGCCCUCUGACUCCAUUGAGAACGUGAAGGCCAAGAUCCAGGACAAGGAGGGAAUUCCCCCAGACCAGCAGAGACUGAUCUUUGCUGGCAAGCAGCUGGAAGAUGGCCGUACUCUGUCAGACUACAACAUCCAGAAAGAGUCCACCCUCCAUCUUGUGCUCCGACUCCGAGGAGGCAUGCAGAUCUUCGUGAAGACCCUGACUGGCAAGACCAUCACACUUGAGGUUGAGGCCUCCGACUCCAUCGAGAAUGUGAAGGCCAAGAUCCAGGACAAGGAGGGAAUUCCCCCAGACCAGCAGAGGCUGAUCUUUGCUGGCAAGCAGCUGGAAGAUGGCCGCACCCUGUCAGACUACAACAUCCAGAAAGAGUCGACACUCCAUCUUGUGCUCCGUCUCCGAGGAGGUAUGCAAAUUUUCGUAAAGACCCUGACUGGCAAGACCAUCACACUUGAGGUUGAGGCCUCGGACUCUAUCGAGAAUGUGAAGGCCAAGAUCCAGGACAAGGAGGGAAUUCCCCCAGACCAGCAGAGGCUGAUCUUUGCUGGCAAGCAGCUUGAAGAUGGCCGCACUUUGUCAGACUACAACAUCCAGAAAGAGUCGACACUCCAUCUUGUACUCCGUCUCCGAGGUGGUAUGCAGAUCUUUGUGAAAACCCUGACUGGCAAGACCAUCACACUUGAGGUUGAGGCCUCUGACUCUAUUGAGAACGUGAAGGCCAAGAUCCAGGACAAGGAAGGAAUUCCCCCAGACCAGCAGAGGCUGAUCUUUGCAGGAAAGCAGCUGGAAGAUGGCCGCACUCUGUCAGACUACAACAUCCAGAAAGAGUCCACCCUCCAUCUUGUGCUCCGUCUCCGAGGAGGUAUGCAGAUCUUUGUGAAGACCCUGACUGGCAAGACCAUCACGCUUGAGGUUGAGGCCUCUGACUCCAUCGAGAAUGUGAAGGCCAAGAUCCAGGACAAGGAGGGAAUUCCCCCAGACCAGCAGAGGCUGAUCUUUGCUGGCAAGCAGCUGGAAGAUGGCCGCACUCUGUCGGACUACAACAUCCAGAAAGAGUCCACGCUUCAUCUUGUGCUCCGUCUCCGAGGAGGUAUGCAGAUCUUUGUAAAGACCCUGACCGGCAAGACCAUCACGCUAGAGGUUGAGGCCUCCGACUCUAUCGAGAAUGUGAAGGCCAAGAUCCAGGACAAGGAGGGAAUUCCCCCAGACCAGCAGAGACUGAUCUUUGCUGGCAAGCAGCUGGAAGAUGGCCGCACUCUGUCGGACUACAACAUCCAGAAAGAGUCAACACUCCAUCUUGUGCUCCGUCUCCGGGGAGGUAUGCAGAUCUUCGUGAAGACCCUGACUGGCAAGACCAUCACGCUUGAGGUUGAGGCCUCCGACUCCAUCGAGAAUGUGAAGGCCAAGAUCCAGGACAAGGAGGGAAUUCCCCCAGACCAGCAGAGGCUGAUCUUUGCUGGCAAGCAGCUGGAAGAUGGCCGCACUCUGUCGGACUACAACAUCCAGAAAGAGUCAACACUUCAUCUUGUGCUCCGUCUUAGGGGUGGGCAGUAAAUGUCAAGCAGUCAAAUGCACUUCAAACUUGAGACUAUGUCAAUUCCCAGCAACUUAACAAUUCAACUUAAAUAUUUUUGAUUUUUAUUUGAUAUAAUUUUUUUAAAAAUUGAAAGAAAAAAGAAAUGUAUAAAACUGAAGAAAACAAUGUAUGUUAAACUCUGUUCUUCACAAGUUGGCGUUAAAUGUUUUAUUAUUUGGCAAAAGUGUAACAUCUUCGAAAUUAAACAUUUGAAAUUUU